CAAUUUGGAAUUUGUACUGAGGGCAUAUGGUAUCGGCUCCCAGCGGACAGGACACGGUGUGCGCUCUGGGAUUAAUUUAGCUGGUGGUUACGUGAAAUAUAGAUCCAUCGAGAGCACAUCAGUAAUCCUUUCCGGCAGUGAAAUCAAGGAAAGGACAUGCUGUUAACCUUCCCACCCCCACAAGGACCUCCAGCACCUAAUACCUGGAGGAGGUGGCCGAUCUCAAACCAUUUAAAUGAUCACCUCUUAGGGGCGAGGUGCCCAGUACACUUCGGAUGCUAGAUACCGUUUCAUUUCGGAUUCCCGUCUUGUCUUGUAAGGAUGUCUGUCUCUCAAAUCGCGUUAAUGUCCCUGGCUGUCUACUUGUCCGCCGUGCAAGGACGCCGUCCGUGCCACCCAACCAACGCAACCAUCUCAGCUGAAAAAGAAGACUGUCCAAUCUGUAUGACCCUCACCACCACCAUCUGCAGCGGCUACUGCCAGACCAAGGAUCCGGUAUAUAAAAGCGCGCUCGCCACGUAUUACCAGCACAUCUGUACUUACAAAGAGAUUCGCUACGACACCAUCAAACUGCCGAACUGCUCACCGAACACCGACCCCUUCUUCACCUACCCGGUAGCCGUGAGCUGCGAGUGCAGCCUGUGCAAGAUGGAUUACAGCGACUGCACCGUGCAGAGCCUCGGGCCGGCCUUCUGCUCCAACAGCGUCAUAUCCAUCUGACACCAAACCCAGGGGUGCCCGGCUUCUCGGACACGCGGUAAAGGGAUCUGUCACCUCAAGCUUUUAUAACGGGAAUAAAGAGCAUAAAAUAGGACCGAUACUUUGUUCUAGUGCAUUGAGAAAUGUUGUUUUGAAAUGUGGUUGCGGAGUCCGCGGUAUGACCAAAAAUGCUAAUUAAUCACCAAAAUAGAUAUUAAUUUGCAUAAGAUACCACACCCUUAAAUAAGUGGGUGGAGUCCGUACAUUAGAUACUUCUCAAAGCACCUGUUUGCAAUCUCACUAGGUCGAAGUAUAGGUAAAUCGUAUGCUCAAAGAUUCCAUUGAAAAUGCAAUUUAGGCGACAUUCACUUUAAAUUCAAAUGUACUGAUCCACAAUGUAUGCAUUACAUUAUUCACCCCUUCAAAAGGGAAAAACUGCCCGAAUUUCAAUACAAUAAAGGCUUGUUUACGCAUAUAUUGCAUGCAAAGUGUGUAAUUCGGGUAAUCUUUCAUGGACAAGUCUAUAGACUGUAAGGGAGGAUGUAAAAGAUUUGCUGUAAACAU